AUGGAAAAAUUGAAGGCGGCGUUCACGAUGCUGGACGCGAACAAGGACGGCCGCGUGAACGCGUCCGAAUUGCAAUCCAUGCUCAAGAGACUCGGCAUCCACAUCCAAGAGGAAUUCACCCAAGAACUCAUCAAGGCUGCCAGUCCCUCAGAGAAUGGUCUGAUCAACGAAACGGAGUUUCUGCAGUGGAUGGGGAAGUUGACGUGCACGUCCUCGUCGUCUGAGGCGUCGGCCGACGACGUGUCGGAGGACCUAAUCGCCGCCUUUCGAGUGUUCGAUAAAGACCGCAACGGUUUCAUCACCAAAGAAUGA